AAUUUCAGAUAGAAUGGGUCAGAACAGGGUGCGGGCAAAGACUGGCAAGUCUGCCCGCUGGGCCAAGGGUCAAAGCAGUAGCAGCAACCCGGUCAAAUCCAAGCAUAGAACUGCCGCUAAAAACAGAUAUUUCCAUUUUGAGCACGGAAACCAAGGAGAAAGCCUGGGAGCUGGUAAGUUGACUGCCUCGGCCCUUCUUCGUCACGAUGCGUUGCUUGGAGAUGCAGAAAACAUGGAGCAGGAUGACACGGUUUCCCUUGGCAUUACCAACAAAACCUUUGAUACAUUUGCUUCGGACUGGACUCAGUGCACAAACGUAGCGUUCGAUAAGCUGCUUAAAAAGUUCCAGAUGAAGAACUCGCAUCACAAGGAGAUGUUGGCUGUGCUGGCAGCUGUAACAGCGGUUCUUAAAAGUCAAGGAGGGAAAGAAACUGAAACUGAAUAUUUUGCUGCCCUCAUGUCCACACUUGAGGUGAGUAAUACCGUAGAAAACCUGAGUGCAGUGGUUCGUCUGCUCUCCCUCGUCAUUAAAAAAGUUGCCAAGGAGGUUCUUAUUACAAGGUACAGUCAGGUUUGUGAACUACUGAUGGAUACUCUAGAGAAGCAUGCAGAUACACAAAACGUUGCUCUACUCAGGGGGUUACUUGGCUGUAUAUCAGUAGUGCUUAGAGUUCAGCCCCCAGGAGUUUGGAGUUUACCAGAACUAAACAAAACCUUUCAGAGUCUUUUAACCUACACAACACAUACUAAACCCAAAAUUAGAAAGGCUGGUCAUCACGCUGUAAUAGCUGUUGUACGAGGAGGAGAAGCUGGUGCUGGUGGUGUGCAUCCAGCUGCAGGGGUAGCUGCUCAACAUUGUCUAGUUGUCAUCAAGAAUUCAGGUCCCUCUGACAACAGUAUUCUUUAUAUGAUGGUUCUGCUAAGAGAACUUUUACCAGCAUUGCCCAAGGCGCAGACUAAACAAUGUUGUGAAACUAUUCUCAAACUUCUCACUCUGGGAUCUAACAUAAUUAUUUCUACAGGAUUUGCUGCUCUGUUUGGUCUAUUCUCUGACCGGCCUGGACCAGCAACUCUGCCUACCGACCUGAACGGUCAGCUCAUCAGUGCACUGUAUGAUUACAAACCAUCCAUCAAUGAUACAGGACCGAUGAUUUCUUGGCUCGCGGUUAUUCAGGAGGGCAUUCUGAACUUGAACCAGCUCAACCCUACCCUAGCUCACUCCCAUAUUCACAGGUUCUGUUCCGAGGCUGUUUCCUGCUGGCUCUCCUCGAGGCCAGAAGUUGUUAAAUCCUCCGGCCUCGCCCUCAAAGCAGUCAUCCUCGAGACCAUGAAGCCGGUGAAUAAGGAGAUCUGUGCUAAGCUGGUUAGCGAGGUGUCUGCUGGGCUCAAAUAUCAAUAUCAUACAUCUUGGAGUACUGUACUAGUUGUACUUUCCGCCGUAACAGAGAUGGUUGGAGACAGAUAUCCCGAGCUUCUGUAUUCCACCUUAAAACAGUUAUCAGAGUUAAGAGCCUCCGACAAUAUCAACCUCGAGGCCGAGAUUGACGGGGUGGUAGGGAAGGCGGUGACCGUGAUGGGUCCUCGGCGGGUUCUGCAGGCGAUACCGUUAAAUAUCACAGGAACUGAAAAUGAUUACGAAUUUAAGAGUUCAUGGCUUAUCCCAGUUCUAAGAGAUAAUAUAAGGAAAACAGAAUUGGCGUUUUUCGUUGAAUAUUUUCUGCCUCUGGCUGGCCGUUGCUUGGAGAGGUCUAAAAAAUGCGCGGAGCAGCAGGAAACUAUUGGCGCCAAAACAUAUGAAGUUCUGACUUAUCAGAUGUGGUCUUUGUUGCCUGGAUUUUGCAUUGCUCCUACAGACCUUAAAAACAGUUUCAAGAAUAUUGCCCGGAUACUGGGAACGCAGCUAACCGCUAGGAAGGAGAUUCGGCUGGAUAUCCUGACCUCUCUUCGUCAUGUGAUAGCCUCUAACCUCGAAGACCCGGAGAACCGGGCUGAGCUCUCCAGGUUUGCGAAGAACUUCCUGCCGAUCCUUUUCAACUUGUUCACCUCCAGACCUUCGGGAUCAGAGGAGGCCGGCCAGAGGCUGGCAGCGUUAGAAACUAUCAAAUCCUUCCUGAAGAUCGCUGAUCAGGAUCUCCUGUUCAACAUGUUCGACAAGGCAAUUGAGAAAUGCAAAGACACAGACAUUGACGCAUUCACGAAGGAUGCUGUUCAAGAUCUGCUUCGUUGCAUGCUAUCCCACGUAGACAAGGAAAGAAUACAGCUCCUCUAUUCAACCUCGUUACAGAAUAUUACAUCCAAAGAUCAUAAAGAGCAGAAGAAAACCUACAAGAUGCUGGAGGAGAUUUGUAAAUGUGACACAGAGGAGGCCAAACAGUUCUUUGCGUCAUCACUUCCAGAACUGCAGUCUACAUUAGUGUCAUCCUUGUCUAAAAUAAGCCCUUCAAGUCAGUCUCCUAGGCUAAGAUGUUUGAUCUCAAUCAUAUCAAAACUACAGGAGCCCAGCUAUGAGUUUGUGUAUGCUAGCAUCCCGGAAUCUGUGCUUUGUAUCCGGGCCGUCAAUAAGAAGGCCAGGGAGUCUGCUUUCACCCUCCUCAUCACUGUAGGGGAGGCGUUAAUCAGAUGGGAACCAGAGAAUAAGGAUGCUGCCGUCAGGAAGUUACUGGAUCAGGUUAUGGUUGGAUUAGCUGGAUCUCCUACUCUGAUCCAUUGUUCAAUCCUAGCAAUCUGUAGAAUAUACUUCCAGCUUAAAGAUAUACUUCCACUGGAUGUGACUGAACAGGUUCUUACCAAUAUUCUUCUUCUUCUCACAUCUUCCAGCAGAGAGGUGUCAGCAGCAGGACUUAGUUUUAUUAAGGUUUUCAUCACCUCUACUCCUGUCACUACUGCGGCUAGAUUUCUCCCUCAAAUCAUGAAAGGAAUUACAGAUAUGCCGGACGAUUGCAAACGACACUGUCGGCAGAAGACAAAGUUCUUGAUGGAAAGAUUCUCUCGGAAGUUCGGAUUUGACCUUGUCGCAAGUCUUGUUCCUAAAUCCGACGUAACAACACAGAAACGACUGAGGAACAUCCGUAAGGAAGUGGCUCGGCGUGCGCGUAAGGUGUCUGAAGACGGUAGUGGAGGGGACGAGGAUGACCAGGGCAUGAAGGGAAGACAAAAGACAAUGGACGAAAUGCUGGCCGAUUCCUCCGACGAUGAGUUUGACGACAAGGAAGAGAUUAAGAAUAAGCGUGGUGGUAAGAAGGGGGGAACCUGGAUACAGGAAGGAGAUGAAAUCCUUGAUCUUCUCUCCGCCUCCGCCGCACAGAAGAUCUCUUCAACUAAACCAACCCAGGCGAAGGUGAAGAUGGAGGAUGAAACGAAGAAGAAAGCGAGAAAGUCUGAUUUCAAAAUAUCCGCAGACGGAAAGAUUAUUAUCACGGAGAAGAGUGGAAAGGACGAGGAUGAUGAAGAUGAUGGGCCACGAAGAGGAAAUGAUGAUGAUAAAUCUGAUGAGGAGGAGACAUUUGAAAAUCUUGUGUCGAGUAAGAAGAGGAAAAUGGGAUCUGAAGCUGGAAGUGUUAAGUCAAGGAUGACAACUGCUUCUAGACAGUCCGCACCAGGAGGCGCUGAAGCUAAGAAGUAUAGACCUGGUGGUUCUGGUAUUCAUAGGAAGCUAGAUACACCCGGACAGGAAUACAAGAGUAAACAGGGGCGUGGAGAUGUGAAAAAGAAGGGUAAACCUGACCCCUACGCAUAUAUUCCUAUUACACACAAAACUCUGAAUAAACGCAAAGCGUCCAAGUCUAAGAGCGUAUUUGCUAAUGUGGUAAAGGCUGCAAAGAAGGGGGCCAGCAAGGGAUCAAAGUACAAGGUGAAAGAGGUGAAAAAAUUGAUGUAAGGAAUGAAAAUGUAAACUUUUCAUUUUUUAAACAAUAAAUUUAUAUUUUUCUUCA